UGCAAGUGUCAGUUGAGCGUCGGCGUCGGCGGUCGUCGGGUGUUGCUGCUCCUCGUCGCUGGGGUCCGGCGCCGCCUCUACAGGUCUCUUGUGCUCUACUUUUACUCUCAACGGCUCUGUUUACCCGCCCUCCUGCCUUGCCCACCUGGUUCACAGCUUCAGUCUGCGGAUGUCAUAUGCACGCCAGGAGGUUGUGUAAUUCAUGAAAGAUUGUACAAGAUCUCUGGUGGGAUUGCCCGAGUCAGUUUGUAUUGUGAGCAGGCUCAGUAUCUUGACGUGGUGAAGAAAUGGCAAGCCUGGGUAAACUGGCAUGGAAGAUGAAGCCCCUUCACCUUCACAACCAGUUCCCACUUGUGGCUAGUCUUUGGAAAGAGAACCAGAUACAAUGUCAAUUCUAGAGAACACCAUAGAGAACAUAGAUGUAUCUUGAGACAAAAUGGAAAAAUUACUCGAGGAGCUAGGAAGAAAUAGAGUAGUUGGACCAGAUGGGGUUUCACCUUGGGUUCUGAGAGAAUGUGCAACUGAGCUGAACAUUCCACUUCAAUUGAUAUUAGACAUCUUUGUGUAGAAGAAUCUGAGAAGACAUAAGGAAAAAAGGCAAACAUGGUUCCAAUCUACAGAAGUAGCAGCAGGGAAGACCUGUAUUGAUGACAAAUGUAGUCAAAAUAUUGGAAAAUGUAAUUAAAACCAAAUUGGUAGAACACCUGGAAAGAAAUGAUAAAUAAGACAUAUAGUAUGGUUUUUGAUCAGGAAGAUCCUGUAUAACAAAAUCUACUUAGUUUCUAUGAUAGAGCAAAAGAGAUUUUACAGGAAAGAGAUAGUUGGGUUAACUGCAUUUAUCUGGACCUAAAAAAGGCUUUUGAUAGUAUCUAACAUAAGAGGCUGUUCAAGAAACUGGAACAUACUGGACAAGUGACAGGGAUGCUUCUAACAUGGAUGGAAAAUUUUGACAAAAAUGACAGCUAAUAUCUGGGCUCAUGCUUUUGGGGCUCCAGGAAGGUGUUGACCUCUCACAGGUUCAUUUUAUGAAGGAAAAUACUGUAUACGCAGAAUUCUGUCAUGCAAUCAUGUUAGAAGUUUUGGCUCUACUAUUCCAACAUGUGGCGAUCAGAUCACUAAAAAUUCAAAAUCAUCUGAGACGCCGUUAUUGAAGCAGUUACAGGCUCGUAUCAAAAUGUCAGGACCUUUGACUGUUUAUGACUACAUGAAAGAGGUAUUGAUUAAUCCAGUUUCAGGAUAUUAUUCUGCUGGCCAGGAUAUGCUUGGAAGCAAAGGAGACUACAUUACUUCACCUGAGAUAUGCCAAAUGUUUGGUGAACUUGUAGGUGUGUGGGUAUACAGUGAGUGGUACAAGUUGGGAUCACCGAAGCCACUGCAACUAGUCGAGUUGGGACCUGGACGUGGAACCCUCAUGGAGGAUGUUCUAAGGGUGUUAAAACAGUUUGGGGAGGCAGGGAGUGAUCUAACUGUGCAUUUAGUGGAAGUAUCAGAAGAAUUGAGUUGCAAGCAGGAAGAGAAAUUAUGCAGAGUGGCUCAAUCUCGGAAGGAUAUGCCGGAUGAAUUAUACUAUAAGAAAAGUACUACAACUGAUGGAUCACCAAUAUUUUGGUAUAGGCACUUGAGCAGUGUCCCAAAAAAUUUCUCGGUGUUUCUUGCUAAUGAGUUCUUUGAUGUGCUACCCAUUCACAAAAUUCGGAGAAUGGAGGAAGGAUGGCGAGAGGUUCUAAUCGAUAUAGAUGAAGGAGAUGGGCCUCAUCACCUACGUUAUGUUCUUGCCAGAGGUGCUACACCUGCUACAAAAGUUUUUAUUCAGCCUGAAGAAACGCGUGAUGAAAUUGAGGUAUGUCCAGAAGCUGCAGUACUUUGUGAAGAGCUGGCCAGCAGAAUAGAAGAUGAUGGAGGUAUUGCACUCAUUAUGGAUUAUGGGCAUGAUGGUAAAUCCUCCAGUACUUUCAGGGCAUUCAAAAAUCACGAGCUUCAUGAUCCACUAUGUGAGCCAGGUACAGCUGAUCUAACAGCUGAUGUUGAUUUUGCUUAUCUGAAGAGUCAAGUCCAGGAGAGGGUGAUCACCUAUGGCCCGGUUACACAGUCCUCAUUCUUAACAAAUAUGGGCAUAGAGAUGAGACUUGCUAAUUUGAUGAAGCAUUCCAAGACUGAACAAGUUAAAUCCCUUGUGUCUGGGUAUAAGAUGUUAACAGAGGUGGAACAGAUGGGUGAAAGAUUCAAGUUCCUUGCAUUUUUCCCUGCAGUUGUGAAGGAUUUCCUCCAGAAGCAUCCUCCUCCUGGGUUUCACAAGAAUCUGGAUUGAUGUACAUUUUUAGUAUUGUCUUGUGAAAAUGUAAAUAAAUGUAAAAAAUAA